AUGACUAGACUGUUAUCUUUGCGAACUACACUACAAGUCGAGCUUGAAGUGCUUAGGAAGGAGAAGAAAAUCACGGUUGCGUCCGAAGUCAAGGCCGUGUUUGAUUUGUCUCGCUGCGAAGCUUCUAAAACUCCAGUUAUGUCUGACCUCAUAGAACAUAAAGUUGAAGAUCAUAAUGCGCUUAAGAAACGUUCGAUCAGACGAUUUGGUUCUCUUGAUUUCGGUCGUCAACUCGAAUCACGAUCCAAUGAGGAUGAAGAAGAUGAUUCAGAAGACGGAGAAGAUGAUGAAGAUUGUGAUGAUGAGUCUGAUGACGGAAACACUCCUACUUACACAGUACCCACACCCAAGAAAGUCCCUUCCUGGAACGCUACUGAAUCGACCAAGAAAGAUACUACUCCUUCUUAUACUGCUCCAGAGAAGAAAGAGCCCAAAGUUGAUGUUUCGGCUGGGGUUUUUGUUUUGACUGGUUUCUCUGGUGGGAUUUCUAUUGGAGCUUCAACUUAUAGUGGAAAAGCCACUUUCUUUUCUCAAGGAGGUGUUGCAGGUGCUUGUGGUACUGUUCGUCAAGACUCUGAUCAUGUAGUUGCAAUUGAUUCUUCAAUGUAUGAAGGUGGUAAUUUUUGUGACAAAACAAUUGCAGUCACUCGAGUUUCAACUGGAAAGUCUAUUCAUUGUACUGGGGCUGAUGAAUGUCCUGGAUGUCCUAGUGUACAAAGUCUCGAUCUUUCUAUUGGUGCUUUUAAUGCAAGCCAGAAAAAUUGA